AUGGCCGCCAAGCCGCUAUCCGCUGUUUCCCCAUACUAUUUCGCUCCCGUGCUUCGGUUGCCUCAUUUCUUCUCCGCGCCGAGUUCCAGUGCCCGUGUCUUGGUCUCUCUGCGCAGUCGCUCACCAGCCCACUCAAAAUCGAGCCAAGAACCAGGAGAGGCUUGGUCGCAUCAAACGCGCUCAACUCCUCGGCGCUAUUUCGACGACUUGAGUACGACGAGUUCGCCGAAUGAUGCUUCUGGACCGGAUCCUGCGGUAUCCGCCCGUCAUGAUUCCUCCGAGUCCGCUGACUCGCCAUUGAGAGCCGCGGGCUCGAGGCCGAGCUUGGGCAGAGAAGAAUCAGUUGCUGGUCCAGACGAUUUUGAGACGCAGAGUCCUGCAAGCUUCCGCGAUCGGGGUAGUACACAGCCUCAAGACCCCGCAACGGCGGGUGAAAACGACGGACUCGAACUCACGGCGACGAUGGCCCACGAGAUGGCGCAGGUGAUGGUCCCGACUCGACAUCGCUCGAUAAAGACGGCGCCAGCUUGGAGUGAAAUGAAGACAAAGGCCGCAAAGAGAGAAAACGACUCCGCUGGCCUGCAUCGCAUGUCGCCGGAAAAAAUCCGUGCUCCGGCGAGAAACCAGCAUGCAAACACUGCACCCGCUCUCGCAUACCAUCGAGAGUUGGGCGCAUGGGAGCGGCGCCCAUUGCACGAGACCGAGACUUUCCCCAUGAAUCGCGAACCCAAAUCCAACGACGGGACGGGUCUUUUGACUGAAGGAACCGAGUUCCUCCCCUCGCUCGACAUUCAGGAGCAUCUCGCAGAGGUUUUUUUUGAUUGUGUCUAUGGACAGUCAUAUCUUCUUCUUCAUAAGCCUAGCUUCAUGCGCCGUCUGAAGGCCGGCACCGUUCCUCCUGUUCUCAUACUGGCCGUUUGUGCAGUCUCGGCGCGAUUCUCCACACAUCCUCAGCUCAACUCUGAUCCGCCUUUUCUACGAGGCGAGAACUGGGCUAACCCGGCCGCUGCCAUUGCUCUGAGCCGACACGACGAACCGAACAUCACCAUUCUGACCGUCUUUCUCCUUCUCGGACUCCACGAGUUUGGCACGUGCCACGGUGGAAGAAGCUGGUCCUUUGGCGGCCAGGCGUUGAGAAUGGCAUAUGCGCUUCAGUUACAUCAGGAGCUGGAAAGUGAACCGCUGUUAAGCAAAGGAAACAGCGCCAGUGCGCAACUCAGUUUCACGGACCGCGAAAUCCGACGGCGCACCAUGUGGGCUUGCUUCCUCAUGGACCGAUACAAUUCAUCGGGCAGCCAGCGGCCACCGAUCGGAAAUGACAAGUUUCUGCAGAUCCAACUACCCAUCAAGGAGACACACUUCCAAAUGGAAAUUCCCGGGCCUACUGAGGACUUGGACGGGGACGUGCCGAACCCAGUACCUGAAAAUUCCGGGCAGCUCUCCAACCCCAAAGAUAACAUGGGCGUGUCCGCGUAUAUCAUUCGAGCCAUUGUAAUCUGGGGGCGCAUCGUCGACUAUCUGAAUCUGGGCGGGAAAAAGAAGGACCCUCACCCCCUGUGGCAUCCAAACUCCGUCUACAUGCAAUUGAAAAGACAAAUUGAGGAUUUCUCGGCCUCGCUUCCCAGCGUCCUGGCAUUCAAUUACGAAAACCUCCAGAUUCAUGCGUCCGAGAAGAUUGCUAAUCAGUUCAUCUUCCUCCACAUUAUUAUCCACCAGAACAUGCUGUUCUUAAAUCAGUUUGCGAUUCCUUUGGCGCCGGGCGGUCGUCCUCCUCGCGACAUGCCUAAACCGUUCUUGAGCAACGCUGGCCGGGCGGCCGUGGAGGCGGCCCACCACAUUUCCGUGCUCUUCGAUCGCGCGUCUGCCUAUCCACUUACGGUUCCCUUUGCCGGAUACUGUGCCUACACGGCAAGCACGGUGCAUAUCUGGGGGAUCUUCUCUAAGAAUACGCAACUCGAGGCUCGAUCAAAGGAGAGCUUGCGCCAUACUUAUCGUUACCUCAACAAGAUGAAGAAAUACUGGGGCAUGUUUCACUAUAUGGUAGAGAGUGCAAAAGACCGAUAUCGUCAAUUUGCCGAUGCUGCCAUCAGGGGAUCUGGGUCUGCCCAGAACGGCACCUCCCUAGCUCCCAUGUUCCAAUACGGAGAUUGGUUUGACAAAUACCCCCACGGCGUUUCGAGACUCCACUGGGAAGACCCUGAUACCCGACAGAAGGAGUCCGGCGAGGAUGCGGUCAUGGGUCAAAAGCCUGACCUUCAGAGCGUCGAAGAUUUCUUCGCCAGUCUCUCACCAACGCCGCGAUCCAGUAUACCUCGUCGAACUCGUCCGCGCAAGAAUAGCAAGUUCUCGGAUGGCGCAUCCAAUCCAACUACGGACCAGUCACCGACUCGGUCUCUUGACAUGUCCGCGAGCGGCAGUGCCGCCACUGCUCCAGGUAGCGUCUUUCCUCAGCCCUCCCUCUUCUCACAGGAUGCUGCCAUGUCCUUUGGUCAGCCGCCGUUCGACUUUAGCAUUCCACCGGAUCAGCUCCCGCAAUUAGAUCGACAAUUUGUGUACGGCUCAUUCGCCGACUUUGACCCCACCAACUUUAUGCCCUCCGGCAAUCCCCCGAUGCCACCUCCGCCGCCGAUCAACGGUGUCGAUUCUCAAACGACCGAUCAUUCUCUCUUCACAGGUCAUCUCGACCCCAGCGCCCCCUCUGGGACGGGCGAAUUCUAUCAACCCAGUGCGUGGUUCUUACCCUUCAACCUGGAUCCUCUCGGUGGCGGUCCACCACCGCCUGUAGAGGAAUCCACGUCUGCCCCUGGACCCGACGACAAUAUUCCCGGGAUAGGAGCAAAUGUGCCUCUGGACGCAUAUGAUUUGGGAAUUGGAAGGUCGGGAAGACCAGAUUCUCGGCGCUAG